CCGACCCCCACCUCCACCCCCACCCCCGGCCCGGCCUGGGGACCCUGGCACGUUUCGUCCCCUUCCUAACAUCGCCUCUGAGACUUCCGUAAAGCCCUUCCGCGGACAGAAGUGGGAAGAAGCCGAGGAAGAGAAAAAAAAAAAAGCCUUAUUUAUUAUCAUUUCCCCACUGUUGGCAUGGCAACACAAGCCUACGUUACGGAGCUACAGGCAGCCCCACAAGCAUCCCAGACCCCCCAGGCCCCACCCCAGGCCCAGCCGCCGCCACCGCCACCCCCAGCCGCUCCACAGCCACCUGCUGCCAGUGCCACCCCCCAGACCCAGUAUGUCACUGAGCUGCAGAGCCCCCAGCCCCAGGCACAGCCACCAGGCAGCCAGAAGCAGUACGUGACGGAGCUCCCGGCCGCCCCCACACCCUCACAACCCACGGGCGCGCCCACCCCAUCCCCUGCCACCCAGCAGUACAUCGUGGUCACCGUCUCGGAAGGUGCCAUGCGGGCUAGUGAGACUGUGUCGGAGGCCAGCCCGGGCUCCACGGCCAGCCAGACCGGCGUCCCUACUCAGGUGGUUCAGCAGGUACAGGGCACCCAGCAGCGGCUGCUGGUCCAGGCAAGUGUGCAGGCCAAGUCGGGCCACGUGUCGCCCCUCCAGCUCACCAACAUCCAGGUGCCCCAGCAGGCUCUCCCCACGCAGCGUCUGGUUGUGCAGAGCACAGCGCCGGGCAGCAAGGGCAGCCAGGUCUCGCUGACCGUGCAUGGUACCCAGCAGGUGCACUCGCCCCCCGAGCGGUCACCCGUGCAGGCCAACAGCUCCACCAGCAAGACGGCCGGGGCCCCUGCAGGCACCGUGCCACAGCAGCUGCAGGUCCACAGCGUUCAGCAGAGUGUCCCCGUCACCCAAGAGAGGUCCGUGGUCCAGGCCACCCCACAGGCGCCCAAAGCCGGCCCCGUGCAGCAGCUGACUGUGCAGGGGCUUCAGCCGGUCCAUGUGACUCAAGAGGUGCAGCAGCUCCAGCAGGUGCCCGUCCCACACGUGUACUCCAGCCAGGUGCAAUAUGUGGAAGGCGGCGACGCCAGCUACGCGGCCAGCGCCAUCCGCUCCAGCUCCUACCCCUACCCCGAGACGCCACUGUACACGCAGACGGCGGGCACCAGCUACUAUGAGGCCGCGGGCACGGCCGCCCAGGUCAGCUCGCCCGCCCCCUCCCAGACCGUGGCCAGCAGCGGCUCGGUGCCCAUGUACGUGUCCGGCAGCCCCGUGGUCGCCAGCUCCACCACCGGCGGGGGCGGGGCCGGCAACAGCAGCGGCGGCGGAGGCGGCGGCGGCGGGGGCGGCAGUGGCGGCGGCAGUGGUGGCAGCGGUGGCGCUGGCACCUACGUGAUCCAAGGCGGCUACAUGCUGGGCAGUGCCAGCCAGUCCUACUCCCACACCACCCGUGCCUCGCCAGCCACGGUGCAGUGGCUCCUGGACAACUAUGAGACGGCAGAGGGCGUGAGCCUGCCCCGGAGCACCCUUUACUGCCACUACCUGCUGCACUGCCAGGAGCAGAAGCUGGAGCCCGUCAAUGCCGCCUCCUUUGGCAAGCUCAUCCGCUCAGUCUUCAUGGGUCUGCGCACGCGCCGUCUCGGCACCAGGGGGAACUCCAAGUACCACUACUAUGGCCUGCGGAUCAAGGCCAGCUCACCCCUGCUGCGACUGAUGGAGGACCAGCAACACAUGGCCAUGCGCGGCCAGCCCUUCUCUCAGAAGCAGAGGAUGAAGCCCAUCCAGAAGAUAGAGGGCAUGACAAACGGCGUGGCCGUGGGGCAGCAGCAGAACACGGGGCUAUCAGACAUCAGCGCCCAGGUGCAGCAGUACCAGCAGUUCCUGGAUGCGUCCCGGAGCCUCCCUGACUUCACGGAGCUGGAUCUCCAGGGUAAAGUGCUGCCUGAGGGUGUCGGCCCAGGGGACAUCAAAGCCUUCCAGGUCCUGUACCGGGAACACUGUGAGGCCAUUGUGGACGUCAUGGUGAACCUGCAGUUCACGCUAGUGGAGACGCUGUGGAAAACCUUCUGGAGAUACAACCUCAGCCAGCCCAGUGAGGCGCCACCGCUGGCCGUACACGACGAGGCUGAGAAGCGGCUGCCCAAGGCCAGCCUGGUGCUCCUGUCCAAGUUUGAGCCCGUGCUGCAGUGGACCAAGCACUGUGACAACGUGCUGUACCAGGGCCUGGUGGACAUCCUUAUCCCCGACGUGCUGCGGCCCAUCCCGAGUGCCUUGACCCAAGCGAUCCGGAACUUUGCUAAGAGCCUGGAGAGCUGGCUCACACACGCCAUGGUGAACAUCCCCGAGGAGAUGCUGCGGGUGAAGGUGGCGGCGGCCGGCGCCUUCGCGCAGACGCUGCGUCGCUACACUUCGCUCAACCACCUGGCGCAGGCGGCGCGCGCCGUGCUGCAGAACACGGCGCAGAUCAACCAGAUGCUGAGUGACCUCAACCGCGUGGACUUCGCCAACGUGCAGGAGCAGGCCUCGUGGGUGUGCCGCUGCGAGGACCGCGUGGUGCAGCGUCUGGAGCAGGACUUCAAGGUGACGCUGCAGCAGCAGAACUCGCUGGAGCAGUGGGCGGCCUGGCUGGAUGGCGUCGUGAGCCAGGUGCUCAAGCCCUACCAGGGCAGCUCCGGUUUCCCCAAGGCCGCCAAGCUCUUCCUCCUGAAGUGGUCCUUCUACAGCUCCAUGGUGAUCCGGGACCUGACCCUGCGCAGCGCCGCCAGCUUCGGCUCGUUCCACCUCAUCCGGCUGUUGUACGACGAGUACAUGUACUACCUGAUCGAGCACCGCGUGGCGCAGGCCAAGGGCGAGACCCCCAUCGCGGUCAUGGGCGAGUUCGCCAACCUGGCCACCUCGCUGAAUUCGCUUGACCCGGACAAAGACGACGAGGAGGAAGAGGAGGAGGAGAGCGAGGACGAGCUGCCGCAGGACAUCUCGCUGACGGCCGGCGGAGAGUCGCCCGCGCUGGGUCCCGAGGCGCUGGAGCCGCCGGCCAAGCUGGCGCGGACGGAUGCGCGCGGCCUCUUCGUGGAGGCGCUGCCUUCCAGCUAAGGCCGCGGCCCGCCCCCGCCCGCCCCUCCGCGCCGGGGUCCCGCGCAGCUCCGGGGGCCUCGCUGUCACCCCUAGCGGGGCGGGGCUGAGCCGCGCCGCAGCUGCA